AUGGUUGAAAUUUCGGAAAUUGAUAACGAUGCCACAGUAGAUUAUAUUGUAGGGGAAUGGGAGAAGAAACAAGCAGAAGAAGAAAGUCAGAAAUCUGCAAAAGCCAACAAGAUUAAUAACGGCGAACCAGAAUUACCACCUCAGCUAGCUGAAGCUUCAUCAAAGUCAACUGAUGAGAUCAUGGCCGAGUUGAACAAGCUACCAUUUUUUAUGAACACUCUUGAUGACAAUGAUGGAGAAGAGAGAUCUGAAAUUGAAGCUUUGAAGGCCUUGGCCUACGAAGGAGAGCCUGAUGAAGUUGCCGAAAAUUUCAAAAAACAAGGUAACAGCUCGUACAAGGGAAAAGCGUGGAAAGAUGCCAUUGAAUUUUAUACCAAGGGCUUGAGUGUGAAUUGUGGUGUUAAAAGCAUUGAUGCGGCAUUAUACUUGAAUAGAGCAGCUUGUAAUUUAGAGUUGAAAAACUAUAGAAGAUGCAUCAACGAUUGUAAAGAAUGCCUACUUAGACAACCCAAAAAUGUUAAGGCAUGUUACAGAGCGGCAAGGGCAUAUUUUGCAAUAGAGCACUACCACGAAGCUAUGGAAGUGCUUAACUUUGCACAUUCUAUUGAUGACAAAAAUCCGGCGGUUAAUUCUCUCAUGAAGAAAGUCCAAGAUAAAAUAAAGUAUACUGAGGAGCUCAAAGAAAAAAGAAGGAAAAAGGAAGAAGAACAAAUUAAAGUUGCUCAAGAUUUAGAAGCGGCAAUCAGAGCUAGAGGUAUAACUUCCAUUAAAUCUUCUUACGGAACCGAGACUAUCGGAGAUGCCAAAAUUCAUUUAGAAGACCCUCAUGACAUAGAAACACAAUUAAUCAUUCCAACUAUUGUGAUAUAUCCAACAGUUAAUGAAUUUGACGUGAUCAGUGAAGUCAGUGAGCUAACAACGCCAAUGGAAUUGAUGGAACUUGUUAUGAAUAGACCCGAUGAAUAUUUUGCGGAUGGAAAGCACGACAACUUUAGACCAAAGAAACUGGAAGCUUACAUGGAAACGGAGGACGGUGGUCUAGUUAGAAUCCCCAAGAAAAGUCCAAUCAAUAGUGUGCUCAUGUCUCAAACACCAAGGGUUCCACUUUUUGAUAACAUCUUGAGAAUUUAUUUUGUUCCUAAAGUGGAUUCUGCGGAGUGGAUAAAAAAAUGGAAAAAACAAGAUGCCUUAUCUAAAAGAAACUAA